AUUAUUAUUAUUUCUAUGAGAUGACAGGUGCUCAUGUUCAUAGUGUCUCAUUAGAAAUGGAUGUUUGUCCCUCUCAGAGUUAUUUCUAUAACUGUUUUACAGUCUGAAUCUAAAUGAUUCCCUAACUCCGUUCCACAACUCUUUCAAAAUUAACGUCUCCUAUAAAGUGGCAGGUCAGUAGUCAAGUGCUUGCCAUAACACGAGUAUGAAUGAUUAAUUUUUUAUAAAUAAGUUGAGUUGUAUAUGAAGAUCAGCUGAAAGCAAUUUAGUUUUCAUCAGUGGUGUUUUUCCUGACCUUUAUUCAUUGCGCCUAAAUACUGUCAGGUUUUAACGUGAGGAGAUUAUGGUGAUGCUCUUGAGCCCACUGAGGUCAUUUAUAAAUUAUGUCAUCACAUCCCUAGCCUGGGUGCUCUGGAGCUGUAUGUACCACAUCCCCUUGAAAGUUCAACAUGGCCUCCUGUAAUCCUCUUCUAUCCUUAAUCUGCGCUGUCCCGCUGCAUGGGCGACCUCCCGUGGUCAGUAGAGGUAAAGAGAAAAGUGUCAACUUGCAUCCAUUUUUGUAAUUCCAAACACUUGUAGCAAAUGGGGGAAACGCUUGAGUACUUCAAGCAUUAACAACUGUAGCUAUGUGUGGUAAAUUAUGUGUCCUUUUUUUAGAUGAUUAUGAUUUUCAUUUUGAAAUCCCUUCCUUUUAGUUUUGUUGCAGUGUGAAUUGGGGAUUGCAAGUUGAUUCUUCAAUGUAAAAGCCUGCCUUUGGAUAUAUGGCUACCCCUACAUGUGUUUUUUGCUGGAAAAUGCCAAUCUUUGCUCAAUUGCAGAACAAACUUCCCUCCACUUUACAGCCCUCCCUCCAGUUUGUCCAUGGAAGACCACAUUUAAAAAGUAACCCCACCUGAAACUUCACAAAGCCCAAUCAGCUAGAGAAAUGUCAGAGCAGACGGCACACCCUCUUUUGUUCAAAACCAAUCAGAGUGGAAGUGUGGCAUUUUGCCCGAGGGGAAAACUUACCCCUGGAUGCGUUAAUUACGCAUCACUUAGCUGUUGCCAAUGUGUUCACAACGGAGGAUCCUCUUUUGGGUUUUUUACAACGACUGUCUUCAUUCUUUGGUCAAUCUAGUAUGGAAAGUAGACAACAAUGGCUUACCAGGCUGAAAAAUGAACUUAGUAACAGUCCUCUGGUAUCAAAUGUGGCUUUUGGCUUUAUCCUCAUGGGACUAGAGAAGCUGGUGGAGCUGGAGUUUGAGUGUCCUUGCAGUCCUAAAUGGAACGGAUUGUUUUCAUCAGCAUUCUUCAUCAUUCCUGCCGUCAUGGCCUUCACUUUGAUGCUAAUCAUUCAAGGAUGCAGAUGUGAUAUGUGGUGCAGGAAAACUGUGUCCCUCUCCAGUUUUGUUCCCGCUAUCGUGUGGCUGAUUUUAUUGUUCCUCGAUGGCCAAUACUUUGCUUGUGCUAUGACAGACUGGGAGGGUAGAUUUGUACUAGUUGACAAGGCAGCUCCACAGAAAUGGUGUGAGCCAAUUAGAGAGGGAGAUGUCACCACACAAGAACUAAUGCUCCGCUCACAACAGCUGUUUGUGUUUUCUCAGGUUAUAGGCAUAGUCCUCCUCAUUUUCAUCUGUGUGGGUCUCAUAGUGUAUGUAAUCAGAGAAAGCUGCCAACAAGAGGUGGAGAUGCAGGAUGCAAAUGUAGCUGAGCUCACUGUGCUCAGGAUGAGCUCUCUAAGGACCCGGACAUCUUGAGGGGACACACACCGCCCACCACACCUGCCCUGCUGGCACGGAUACUUGUAAAUACUUGGAACAGACAUUUACUAUAAGUUUUUGUAACUGAUGUACCAUUUGAGUAUUUUCCUCAUGGAAGCGGGAUAUACAGUGCCUUUUGAAUAGCCACUGAUGCUGCCAAAUGAAGCCUCAUAAAUAUGCAUAUAAUAUCAAUAUUAGUGAAAACUCUUAUUGUCCUGUAAUGUAAUGUGAGGGUUUUUUGUUUGUUUGUUUUACCUAAACUUUGUGGUGUGUUUUGAGAAAUAUGGUUCUCUUUUCGUGUCUUGUCUGUGAAAGCUACAUAAAGUAAUGGAUUAGUACAUCGAUCGCCAAUUCAGCUGAUUCAUCUUUUUUAUUAGACUACUUCAUGACAAGCAGCACAAGGCAGGAGCCAGCAAGAAGAGAAACUGUUAAGCACCAUUACUUUCAGUAAAACAUCUCUUUGUUUUUUGAAUUUUUGUCCUUAGCUAACUAGCUCUUAACCCCAGUAUUAUUUUACUGCACACAUAUGUGCAUUUAAUUUUUAGCAUGUUUGUUUUUGCCCUUAAAAGUGAUAUUUCACUUUGUCAUGUAAUCAAGUUUUUUAAUUUUUUUUGUUUGUGUUUUUAUCUUGACACAAGUGAAAUCCACCAGGCAGCUAAUAUUGAUCCGACUAAUAUUAGUUGACUUGUACUAUUGUUUUUUUAAUGUGUGAUUGCUAAAAGAAGAAUGUGAAAAUUUCACUUCUCUAAACUGAAACUUCACUUCUUGUUUUCCCUCCUGUAGCCAAAGAUGUUAGACCCCCGUUAUGUUUACUUUUUGGUAACAGUAAAAAUUCAGACUUAAGUGAAAUUCUUAAUGUUUCACCUGUUUACCAUUGACAUUCUUUCUAUAACA